AUGACGGUUGAUUUAGAUAAAUUUAAGAAACCGGGAAAAGACUAUUAUUUGGCUUUGGGACUUGAAGGUUCAGCUAACAAAUUAGGUGUAGGUGUGAUAAAACAUAAUUUAGGUCAACUUUCAUCGGAAAAUCGAGCUGAAGUGUUAUCUAACGUUAGAGAUACAUACAUUACACCACCAGGAGAAGGUUUCUUACCCAGGGAUACUGCUCGUCACCAUCGUAAUUGGGUAGUAAGAAUCAUAAAGAAAUCUUUGGUUGAUGCUGGUAUCAAGGGGACCGAUUUGGAUUGCAUUUGUUUCACUCAAGGACCAGGAAUGGGUGCUCCAUUACAAAGUGUAGUAAUAGCAGCUAGAACCUUAUCACAAUUAUGGAAAUUACCUUUAAUUGGGGUGAACCAUUGUGUAGGGCAUAUUGAAAUGGGAAGAGAAAUCACUGGUGCCAACAAUCCGGUGGUUUUAUAUGUAAGUGGAGGAAACACUCAAAUCAUUGCAUAUUCGAGACAAAGAUACAGAAUUUUUGGAGAGACUUUAGACAUUGCUAUAGGGAAUUGUCUCGAUAGAUUUGCCAGAGUAUUAAAGAUUUCUAAUGACCCAGCCCCUGGUUAUAACAUCGAACAAAUGGCUAAAAAGGGUAAACAUUUAGUAACAUUACCAUACACUGUUAAAGGUAUGGAUUUAUCCAUGGCCGGUAUAUUGUCAUACAUUGAGGUUUUAGCCAAAGAUUUAUUCUCAUCGAACCCUAAAAAGAAUAAGAAUUUAAUAGAUGAAGAAUCGGGGGAAUUGAUUACCCCUGAAGAUCUUUGUUAUUCGUUACAAGAAUCAUUAUUUUCAAUGUUGGUAGAAAUAACAGAAAGAGCUAUGGCACAUGUUCAAAGUAAUCAAGUUUUGAUCGUAGGAGGGGUUGGAAGUAACGAAAGAUUACAGGAAAUGAUGGAGUUAAUGGUUAAUGAACGUAAAAAUGGAUCAAUUCAUGCUACUGAUGAAAGAUUUUGUAUAGAUAAUGGAAUCAUGAUUGCUCAUGCAGGGUUAUUAAGUUAUAGAAUGGGACAAAUCAAUGAUUUAAAAGAUACUGUUUGUACUCAGAGAUUUAGAACUGAUGAAGUUUUUGUAAGUUGGAGAGAUGAUUAA